GGGGGCAACGCCGUCUGUCAAAGGGAGACACCAAAAUGGCAAAGACCAAUCACUAACUUCUUCCUGAACAAAGAACCAAGCCGUGAGAGUGAGGAUGUGGAAGUUGAUGAUCAGGACAGCGGGAGUUCAGCAGGUACAUCAAAAGCAAAAAAUAAACAUAAUGUUAUUCAUUCCGACGACGAGGACGAAGAAGCUGAAAAACCAAAGAACACUGUAUUAGAUGACACCAUUGAACUAGAACCUUUAAAUGGAGAUGAUAGCCACAAGAUCGAGGAAUAUUACCUUAAAAAUGGGGUAAAAGAUAAUUCUAGUAGCAAAAACGGGGUAAAAGAUACACAGCAUGUAGAAGAUAAGGUAAAACACACAGAAAAUGGGGUGAAAGAUGUGGAAAAUGGGGUAAUAGAUACAGAUAAUAGUGACGACAAAAAAAUCAGGGAAAAGGGUAAAGGAAAAGGUAAGAAGACGAAUAAAGAGAAUGUUGACAGCAAUAUUGAAAGUAGAAUAUCUUUGAAGAGAGAUUUGGAAGACAUUGCGUUUGAGGAAGAGAACGAGCAUGUUAGCAAGAAAAUUAAAGUUUGAUUUUUAAUCAUAUGAACUAAGAUCACACUACCGAAGUCUAUCUGGUUGUUUAAUUGUUCGUUUAUGACUUAAGGACCCCUUACCACAUCUUGCCAUCAGAUAUGAAUUCACAUUCUUCUUAUCGGUAAUGCUUGCCGUUGUAAGGUUCUCGCCGAUUGUUGUCCAGGCUGCGCCAGAUAUAGAAAAAGGGAUGAUGCGUCAUGCGGGGCGGAGGCUUCUU